CGUUUCGCUAUGCCUUUAUCAUCUAGGGUGGUUUUUCUGAUCGGUGGCGGAAAUGACGUUGUCUAAGUGCUACAACAUGCGGCGGCGGUGGUCGGUUUCUUGUCUUCCCGUCGAGUCGCGAAGCGGUUCUUCUUGGAGGUGUUGUUCACGGCCCUUUGCACAGCCCGUGGCGCCAGUUUUUUCCUUUUGCGAGUAGACAGUCCGGUCCGCUGAGGAAACCAUGAGUGACGCGCAGCGGGAUCAAGCGCCACUGCUUCCGAACGGGCCGCAGGAGGACACGAAUGCGGGAAUGCAACGGCCGACCACCCCCGCAUCGCGCGAUGAUGCUGGAUCUUUACUACAACCUGUGCAACAGAGCGACCCGGUAGCGGCUACCACAGCUCCCUCCGCACCUGGAAAUCCGGAAGAACCCUCGUCCCGCGCGGGAAAUGCGCAGCAAGAACUGGAAGAACACGACGCACAGCUGUAUCGCCUGAAAGAAGAGCAUGUCCAGGGUUCGGUGUCAGUUCCUAAUUUGAAAGUAAACUUGCAGGUGUGCUCGUGAAAGAACUCGGUACAAGAUGUUGUAGUAGUGAAAGCAGCUUGUUGAUUCCAGAUGCGGAAAAAGUACUUACUAAUGCGGAGGCAUCAGAAUCUGCAGUGAGACUGAUACUCCCUGGACGUGCACAUGUUUGUUUUCCAUGAGCCGCAAGUUGCGGCUGGACGCAGCGUCGCGCAGCUGGGGGAAACGAUACUGGAAGAACGGCAGAACCCUAUUCCGAGCAGGCACAUUACAUCGCAUGAACCCGUUGGUCUACAAACACCGGUGUUGAACGCAGCGGUGGUGGGAUCGCAAUCGCAGCCUAGUCGGCAACCACUUGAACAAGAAACAACGGCAGAUGUACAAGACCCUUCUUCGCUAUUUCAACAUGGCAUAGCGAUUCAGCCGAGCGACUUGCGCAUCGGGAUGGAACACUCCCAAGCAAGCCAUCUGCGCACCGGAACAGCACUUCUCGGUGGCAGCGUGCACAGUGAGGGUGCGCAGCGCAGUGGCGACGCGGGGCCCGGCAUGAUGCACACCACAGCAGGAUCUACUUCUCUGCUUGAAACUAACGUGAACACGACGUCACCGUCUAAUAAGCUGCGAACGGGGAAAUCCCAGUCCGGUAACGUGCACAUAGCGCAGUCUAGCAGCGUGGGAUCGCAGCCGAGCAACGUGUAUCUGGCGCAGUCUAGCAGCCGGCAGACCGGCGGUGGAUCCCGGCCGAGCAACGUGGGUUUUGCGCAGUCUAGCAGCCUGCAAAGCAGAGUUGGAUCGCAGCCGAGCAACGUGUAUGUGGCGCAGUCUAGCCACCCCCGCACGGGUGGGACCGAAUCGCGCAACGCACAGGUGAAUAUCUCUGUGCAGAGCCGCGCUGCGCCGGGGGCUCAACUGCAGAAGACAACUAAUCUAGUACAGAAUAGUGGUUCAUCACAGCCGAACAUGGACGCAGCUCUGCACCAACCCACACUACCGCCUGCAACGGCGUCCAACAUUGAUCCAGCACAAGGACACGACUCCGCGGUCCAGCGCGGAGCCCAGCGGCCACCCCUGGCACAGCAAGAACGGGCCUCACAGCCAAUCAACCACCCGCGGCGCAGCGAGUUGCGGUCCGAAAAUUCCUCUCAUGAUACCUUUCCUGUGAGAGGACUUUUUGCCGCAACGUCGGCAUCGUCCCACGCCCCCACGGCGACGAGCACCGGCAAUGAACUUUUUGCUCCUCCAUCUGCUGGCGUUUUCCCACAUGCUGGUGCCUCGUCUUCACGCCAACCAAGCAGCGCGACCCAGGCGACGGCUUCGGCUUCAGACAACAGGUUCGCACCAACUUCCCGCAGCGCCGGUGUGCAGAAUUUCUCGUCCCUAUCAAAUGCAAAAAUAUCUGGGUCUCAAGUCUGGGGGAUUGCAAGAUUUGUCAUGCGUAUUUUGUAUGACCCAUAACGCCUGUUGUGCAGGACCUAGCAUGACAGGUUCUGUUAGGUCCUAUCAUGCCUAUCCUGCAUGAGAAACUUCCUCUCAGCUUGGUCAAAAGUGGACAGCUUUUGGCAUUCAUGCAACACAGAUUUUUGCACGAUCCAGAAUUAGCAUUACAGGUUGCAACCUUCCAGACCCAGACAUUUUUGCAAUGCAUAAUCCCAAUAUGCCGGCAAGACGCAGACCGGAGGAUCCCAACCCAGCAACGUUGGAACCGCGAGGCCACGCCGUUCUCCACCAACUGGGGCGACUGGGUAAACGAAUGCUUUUAUAACUUUUCUAGAUAAGUUCUUGAGGACGUUCUGCCAAAGAAACUGCUCCAGUCGAGUUUUACUAAACAAAUUCUUGCUUGUUCUACGUUUUCAGUAUGUCGGAAAAUAAGCUCUAUUUCGUUUUGAUGCUUCUAAAGAACACGAAGACACCACGAGAAACUCAACAGGUUACUUGUGGACCGCACACACGACGAAGCUGCGGCUGCACAGAUCGGGGAAUCGCGGCCUCCGAGAGUAACAGGGCACUUCAACCGACUGCAAGCCCGGAUCAGACGCCUCGGAGGAACUGUAACAGACGGGGGUUCGCAACCUAGCAGUGCACAACCCGGCACUUCGUCCUCCAGCAGCAGUCUAUUCCAUAUAAAAGUGCACCCAGCCUGGGACGAAGCUUUCUAUACUUCCCGGACUCCCACAAAAAACUUGGGUACUUUCUGGCAUUCAAGAAACAAGUUUUCUUGGUGGCUGAUGCUGAAAAAAAAACUGAGAAAGUGACGCUGUGAAACCUAGAAAUCAACGGACUCCGCUCGGGCAACGUCGUUUAAGGUUUCCCGGGAAACCUUCGGCGUAGCUCGUGCUAAAGUGUGUCGCAAUGCAACCGAAAAGGCGGCGCGCGCAUGGACUCCGCUGCUGUUUGUGUACACAACCGCGCCGCGUCUGUGUUGCAGUCUCUUGUGCCCAAAGCGCCGCAGACGGCUGCGGAUUGCGAGCAACCUGGCGGCCCCGGCAAACCGGCGCACAUUUUCGCCUGGCCUAACUUGGGCCGCUUCAGACGAUCUUCCGCCGGUGGCACGGCCUCGCUUUGGGCGGAGGAUUUUCCAGCGGAUUCGUCAGAGGGCCCGAAGAUCCUCUGUCGGGUCCUCUGGCCCAAUUUGGACCGCCUCGGGCGGCCUUUCCCCGAUGGCACGGCCUCGAUUUGACCAGAGGACUUUGCAGAGGACCCGUCAGAGGACCCGAAGAUCCUCUGUCGGGUCCUCUGGCCCAAUUUGGACCGCCUGGAGCGACCUUCCCCCGGCGGAUCCCCUGGGGGAAGGCGGAUCCCCUGGGGGAAGGCGGAUCCCCGGGGAACGGGCGGAUCCCCGGGGAACGGGCGGAUCCUCGGGGAGCGGGCGGAUCCCCUGGGGGAAGGCGGAUCCCCGGGGCGCGGGCGGAUCCCCUGGGCGAAGGCGGAUCCCCUGGGCGAAGGCGGAUCCCCGGGGAACGGGCGGAUCCCCGAGGAGCGGGCGGAUCCCCUGGGCGAAGGCGGAUCCCCGGGGAGCGAGCGGACCCCCGAGUAACGGGCGGAUCCCCUGGGCGAAGGCGGAUCCCCGGGGAACGAGCGGAUCCCCGAGCAGCGGGCGGAUCCCCGGGGAACGGGCGGAUCCCCCAAAAAAAUCCACAAAGCGAAAUCACGACGCUAUGCCUAUUUUUUUCCCGUCAUUCUAAACACAAAAAAACCACGCUGCCGCCGUGGUUUGUUGGCUUAGGUCUCAGAGCGUCAGGGUCUCAAAAAAAAACCUGAAAAACUUGUGAUACUGUCCUGCCAAAGCAUAGUUUUUUGCGAAACAAAGACUUGCAACGCCGAUUAUUUGAUUUGCAAAGUGUCGUUGGGCUCACUUUAUUUCCUUUUGAUGCAAUGUCCCGUCCCAACCUGCGCAGCCAGGCCACUCGCAACCGUCUCUGCUUGGCGCGAAUGCACAAGGGCAGCACAGUAUGCAAGAAAACAAGAGCAGUUGUGUUUAUGUCUAUCAAACAUUUUCUGACGAGAACAGCACCUACGGGCUGGCACGACAAGAAAAUAUCGCCAUUGACGAGGACCACGACAGCACUGUUGUAAGAACAUAAUUCACCACAUUGCAUCCCCUUUUACUUUUAGGCACAACGAGCAGGAGUGUGACUGCCUAGUAAUUUUUUUGCAAUAGAAGAAACAGGAGACACAAUAAACACAGCCCGGCUUAUUUUCUUGGAUACGAAGUAAAGCUGUAGCUCCAGCCGUCGCGGACCAGGAGAUCAACAUCCCCUACCCAGACUUCGAGCAGUUUUUCGACACGGAGCUAACCCGCGCAAGAAACGAAAGACGGAGCAGCAUGCAAUCCCUGUCGGAGCGUUCUCCCGGCGGAACCUGCGACGCCGCGUACGUGGAAGGCCUGGAGAGGCAGGUGGAGAACUUGAAGUGGGACAUCGAAAACACCACCAAAACCGCACGUGCAAUGUGCGUCGCCGACGUUAUCAAAUGCAAAUAUGUUUGGGUCUGGAAGAUUGCUAGGUUUGUCAUGCAUAUUUUGUAUGACCCACGAUGCCUGUAAUGCAUGACCUAGUAUGAUUAUCACAGACUUUAUUUAGAGGGCACUCUCCCCUGCUCCGCAUGAGAAAUGCCCUCCCCACGUAGCACAGCCUGUAAUCCUCUACAUACAAGAUAUAUUUUGCUCGAAUCCAAAGACAGCAUCGGAAAUUGCACCCUUCCCGACCCAGACAUAUUUGCAAUGCAUAAGCAUGCAAGGAUAUCUAUCUCGUGCAAAAUUGAUGGCUGGGCUUGAGAAGGCGUAAACGCUCCGCGAGAACGCCGCGGCCGGGCCGAGGACCGAAACUCUGGGGCAACAUCCAGUGGCCGGUCGGCCAACGGUUGCUUUUGAAGGCAUGAUUUUUUAAAAAAGGAACGAACAGCGAAAAUUUAAAAGUAUGCUUGGCUGCGCUCUGCAGUCCGAUUCCCCCAAAUGAGCACUUGCAUUCGCGGCCCAGACAACAUCACAGUGCUUGCAUUCGAUGUCGGCAAGAUUUGGCGCAGCAAUUUAGCUGGGAACUGA